AUGAACAGCUUUGCCGUGUUUUUGGCGUUCGCUUCGCUGGCCGCCGUUGCCGUUGCCGAGCCGCCGUCCCCGUACAGUUACAACCGGCCGUCCGGUGGACACGGAGGCGGCAGCGGUGGUGGCUACAGCCACGGAGGUGGCAGCGGUGGCGGCUACAGCCACGGAGGCGGCAGCGGUGGUGGCUACUCGAGCGGCGGUGGCGGAUACGCCAGCAGCUUCUCCAGCGGAUCGGCGUUCUCGAGCGGCGGUGGUGGCUACCAGGCCGUCCCGGCCGGUGUGCAGACCUCCGAGGGCCUGAACGUGGACCCGCAGCUGCUGAACGAAAUCCGUCAGAUUCUGCUCCGCGAGGAAAGCCAGUCAUCGUCCUCUUCGUCUUCGGGUGGCGGCUUCGGUGGAUACCCGUCGGCGCCUUCUAGCAGCUACGGUGCACCAUCCGGCUCGUACGGACCUCCGUCGUCGACCUACGGUGUCCCCAGCGGUGGCUACACGAGCCGCGUCGUUGGCAUUGACCUCGAGGGUGUGAAGCAGGCCAUCCAGGUGGCUCAGUUCCUGCAGACCUCGUCCGCUUCGGUCCCGUCCGGCUCGUACGGUGCUCCGUCGGUUCCGUCCGGCUCGUACGGCGCUCCGUCGGCCCCGUCCGGCUCGUACGGUGCUCCGUCGCGCCCGUCGGGCUCCUACGGUGCUCCGUUCUAA